GUUGUGUUCUAAGCGCGUUGCAGUAAAGUUCGUAUUUAACGGAAACCACAUUUUGAGGCCAGAAUGUGGAAAUUUGUGUUAAUAUCUGUGCUCAGCCUGCUGCCAAAUGCGCUGCUUCAAACUGAAGAUUAUGAACACCAUCAAACUGAAGAUUCACAUACUACACAAAUAUACCAAGCAAGCGAUUCACAUCUGUGCACAGAAUAUGCGGUAGUCCUCUAUACGUUAAUGGAGCAAACACCGUUGCGGGAAUAUGGUUUAUUUGCCGACUACUUUAGGCGGGCGGGCAUUCGGGGAUCAAUGCGUAGAGUGACCAAGACAAGAUUGGAGCCCCGUCCAGUAUGCUGUCCGGGCUAUCUAAGAGCCAACGAUAAUAGCUGCCAACCCGUGUCGACGACAACAGAGAUCUACACAGAGUUCACCGGAAGCUCAACUGUGCCUGUGCCCAGAACGGAUGAAAGCUUAUCGGUUUCCUCGGACAAACAGCCGUUUAACCCUAAGCCCUGGCUUAUAUACGGCACUGUACUCACAUUGAUCUUAAUAGCCCUGGGAGUAACAAUAUAUAGUAUCUACUCUAUAAAGCAAAGAAGAGAUAAGAGAAAGCAUGACGGCAAUGAACUUGAAGUACGCGCAGCUCUGUUUUCCGAAUAAGUGACAAAUUAUAUAUGUGUUAAAGAGAUUGAAUAAGUGAACUUUA